GACAAACUGCACCAAUCCUAGAUCGAUCUCCCGUGAAAGAAGCCAAAGAACGACAACCAGAGAACGAUCGGCCGGCGGCGAACAAUCGACCGCCAGCGAACGAUCAGCCGCCAGCUAAUUAUCGGCCACCAGCUAACGAUCAGCCGCUGGCAAAUGAUCGGCCGCCAGCGAACAAUCGACCACCAUCGAACGAUCAGCAGGCAGCUAACAAUCGGCCGCCAGCGAACGAUCAGCCGCCAGCUUACAACAGGCCACCAGCUAACGAUUGGCCACCAGCUAUCAAUCGGCCGCCAGCAAACGAUCAGCCGCCAGCUUACAACAGGCCACCAGCUAACGAUUGGCCGCUAGCUAUCAAUCGGCCGCCAGCGAACGAUCAGCCGCCAGCUUACAAUAGGCCACCAGCUAACGAUUGGCCGCCAGCAAACGAUCAACCGCCAGCAAACGAAACAAUGGCGUGGAUGACGAUGUGGGCUCGAGCUUCUUCACAAGAUUAUGAAAAGCGCAUCAACGAGGCUGCACGGCGCAAAGCACAAAAAAUAAUACAAAAAGAGUUUGGUUUCCUGUUACGGGGAGGAGCUCGUGGACGAGGAGCUCGUGGGCGAGGAACUCGUGGACGAGGAACUCGUGGACGAGGAGAAAGAGGAUACUAUGAAAAUGCACCCCCUAAUGUGCAUCCCCAACCAAAUUUUGUUUUUGCGCCGUCCAUCGCACCCCAACCUGCGUACACCUUUACCACGCCCCAACCUUCAUAUACCUUAACGCCGCAACCAGUUCCAUCUUAUUCUGGGUGUGGACAAUUUUGCGCGCCACGUUGUUCACAUUAUCAUUGA